AUGGGCAGUGGUCCUCGGACUGAGAAACAGAAAUCUGAGGAACAGCAAAGAAAUGAAGCUUUGUUGAAUGCGGAGAAGCUGACAAGAGCUUUCAAAAAGUAUAAAGAGAAAAUAACUGAAAAAUUAGAAAAGGUUAAAGCUGAAGAAGUAGCCUUGGGAAAACGUUUAAUUAAUUGUGAAAAAGAAAAAGAGAAGUUGAAUGAAAAGUGUGUCAGCUACAGAAAGGAUCUAGACAUCCUAGAAGAGCAAUUAAGGCAAUUAAAGGAAGAGAAUCAUAGCACAAAAGAAGAAAUUAAGACUCUAGAGGCAAAGAAUACUGAAAUGUUAUCAAUGCUGACUCGGUCUGAUCAGAAGAUCAUUGAGCUUGAGAAUGAACUUAGUGAAAAAGAAAUAGUACUUAAAGAGAAAAAUGCUCUAAUAAGUGAAAACGCAGAGCUGAGAGCACUUACUGUACAGCAACAUAACCGCUUGAAAUUAUGCCAUCAAGAAAUUGAGGAUUCAAGGGAAGAGCUCAACAUACUAGAAACGAUUAUUUCCCAGUUGUCUCUAAGUACAUCUGAAGAGUUUAAAUGGCACCACUUGAAACACCAGCUAUCCAGUUCCUCAACAAAAGAAGCUCUCUCUGAAUCUUGUGAAUCAAAUAAACCUUUGAUUGCAGACCUAAGCAUUAAACUGGCAAUGAAAGAAGCAGAAAUUCAAAAGCCUUGUGCAAACUUAACUAUCUGUAAUGGAGCCGAGCAUCUUUCUAAUGACAAUGAAGGACAAGAAAAUAGCAGGUUAUGUGGCCUGGAAACAGAGCCUGUCAAAUUGAUCGGAAGUCAAGGAGAGAGGAGAAAAUGUCAACGGUUGGAACUUAUCAGCAAGCAAUUUGAAAAAGAGAGGCGAAGAUUCCAGAAAGAGCUAGAAGAGUUAUGCACUAAACUGACAAGAGCGGAUGAUGAGAAUUCUUCGUUGAAGACCAGCAUGGCUCAGAGAGCCAGUCAGUUUCAAAUCAUACAGGAAGACCUAUUGAAGAAGGCUUCAAAAACUAGUAGCUUAGAGAGAGAAAUAACAAAGAAAUCUUCUCAACUUUCUGUACUUGAGAAACAGUUGGAAGAAAAGACUAUUGCUUAUUCUGCUGCUGCAGCAAGAAAUACUGAGUUGGAAGAGGAACUCGUGGGAAAAAACAGACGCAUUCAUGAGUUGGAAACAACUAUCAGCGAAGAACAUGAGCAAAUAACUUCUGCUUUUGAAAAAGCAAAGUUGGUUUGCCUUGAGCAGCACAAAGAGAUGGAGAAACAGAUUGAACUACUUCAGACACAGCUAGAGAAGAAAGAUCAACAAUUCAUUGAACAAGAGAAAAUAAUAUCUAUUUUGCAACAAGAUGUUAUACAUAAACAGCAUCACAUUGAAUCAUUGGAUGGGCUGCUGAUAGAAAGCAGAGAGGAAAUGGAAAAUCAAAAUGUCAAGAAAGAUCAAGGAUUGAAGGUGCUGAAAAGUCAGUUAACAGAAGAAACAUUCAAAGUGAGACAACUUGAGUCAGCACUAGAUGUAUGUAAGGAAGAAGUGGCACUGUAUUUGAGUCAGUCACAAGAAAAUAAGGAAAUAUUUGAAAAUCAGCUCAAAAGAAAGUCUGAAGAGGUUCAUUAUUUGCAAGAAGAAAUAAAACUAAAAGAUCAGAAUAUUCAGGACACAAGUGAACAAAAUAUUCUCCUACAACAAACUUUGCAUCAUCAGCAGCAAAUGUUACAUCAAGAAACUAUUAGAAAUGGGGAGCUGGAAGAUAAUCAAAUUAAACUUGAAAAACAGGUAUCCAAUUUGGAACAAGAGCUUCAGAAGCAGAAAGCAUAUGCAGAAGAUGAGUUGAGAAAGGUAGAGGAGAAACUUCGCCUAGCUGCUCAGGAAGCAGAUUUAAACAGACAGAAGGUGGAUGAACUUAAUAGUACAAUCAGACAAAUUAAAUUGGAGAUGGAUCAGUGCAAGAAUGAACUUACUGGUAUGGAAAAAGAAGUAGUGCAAUUAAAACGAGAUGGUGAAGACAAAGCAAUGCAGAUAAAUCAGUUGCAUAUUACUUUGGAAGAAGCACAAUCAGAGCUCAAUGAAAAGGCAAAUGAGGUGAAUGAUUUAGAAGAUAAGCUGCUUCAAAGUGAGACUUGCCACAGGGAAGCCUUACAGAAAAUAGUAGAACUAGAAUCUGCAUUACAGAAUGCCCAUGGAGAAUUAAAAAUCACUUUAACACAGCUUCAGGAAUUGCAAGAUGCAUUACAGAAUGCACAGUCCUCUCUGGAGGAGAAGCAUGUUGCUAUCAUGGAUCUAACAACUGAGCUUAGGUAUUGCAAGGGAGAAAUUGAAGACAAAAACCAAGAGCUGCUUGACAUGGACCAAGCAUUGAAAGAAAGGAAUUGGGAACUGAAACAAAGAGCAGCUCAGAUUACACAGUUGGAUAUGACAGUUCGUGAACAUAGGGGAGAAAUGGAACAAGAAAUAAUUCGAUUAGAGUGCAAUUUAGAGAAGUCAGAGUUAGAAAUUAAGGAAUGCAAUAAACAGAUUGAGAGCUUAGAGAAGAAACUCCAGCAUUCUAAAGAUGAACUUCGUGCAAAAGAGUUUGAUUUGCUCCAGAGAGAUCAAGAAAUAAAUCACCUGAAGAAAAAAAUUGAAAGAAAACAACAAAGCCUAGAAGCUCUUGAAAAGUUUGGUUUGGGGCAUGAAUCACCACUACAAGUACAAAUGCAAUCUGAGAUAAACAGGCUUUCUGCAGAAAUAAGUCCAUUAAAAGAUGCUCGCCAGCUAGAGUCACCAAGAUGUAGUAUUCUAGAUCAUGCGGACUUGGCUGUGUCGCAGCUGAACGUGAAGUUUCUUUCAUUGCAAAUUUAA